GGUUUCUUUUAAGGUGUAAAAUAAAGGUUUGUGUAAAAUUAGUUUGAUAAGUAAGGAAGAUAAAUAGACAAACACAGAAUAGGAAAUAUUUUUGAUUAUUAAUGUUAGCACAAUAUAAAUAAUAAUAUAAAGAGAAUUGUGCGUUGAUUGUUUCUUACGGAUCAAUGAGGAGACGGGUAAGGACUCGAGUUGUUUCUUUGGUAAGGUCAGAGCCCUGGACAGAACGGAUUUGCCCAACCACAUCUGCGAGUUUAAAUAUCAGUUAUGAUAUCGAAACAUAAUAUAAACUCAGAUGCAAUAUGAUAAUAUACCUGGGAGUUCUAGGUUUGUGUUUGCAAUCACUUGGAAAUUGUCGAACAGUCUAGUUAUGACUGGAAAUUGAUCUCAGGAGCACCCGUGAUGACUUCAUCAUUAAUAGUUGGUGAGAUGAAAUGAAUGAGGAAUGAAUGAUCAGUUAUCUUGUACAUGCUUGACCACCUAACAACCUCAAAACGAUCGAUUUUCACAAUGGAACCGGCUUUCAAAGAUGACAUGUAAUGAUUAGCACGUCCGGCGGGAAUAAACCCAUGAAUCACGGAAUCUGCAAAUAAUAUUAUUCAACAAAGAAUCAGGAAAUCAAUUAAAAACAAUUAUAUUAAAUAAGUGUGAUAAAUCGAAGAUUAACUUACCUUUUCAUCAAGGAAGAGAAUCGUGAUUCCCAUAAACUCACUGUCUUUCUUGAAAUUCAGGGAAUCCCAUAAGCGAGGAGGUUAGAGGCUAUGCUCUGACUACUACGACCAAGACGGAGAGACUUGAAGGUUGAGUGACGGAUGCCGGGGAUGCCGAUUUGAGGAACUGGAGAGGCAGAAAGAGACAUUUUCUAGAAGCUGAUUAAAGCUAAGAGGAAUCAAUGAGUUUUGUGGAGAUGCAAAUUGGGUUCAUCAAAGAUGAGAAUCAUAUAUAUAGGGUUUCGAGAAGGACUACAAAUCAGAAAUAUUUAUGAUCAAGCGAUUUAAGAUGAGGAGAUGAAGAGUUCACCGGUGAAAAAAUAGAUUACGAACAGACACACGCCGCAACUCUGUAACUCAGUAUUGUCUAAGACAAUGAUGAAAAGAACCCUAACUCAUGUUAAACAAAGACAGUUUACAAUAUGGGAAAACUAUAAUUGUUUUUUUUUUCAUAUAACGUGAUGAAUCUCAUUUAAAAAUGAAACUCAUAAUACACUUGUAAGCCCGGCUCACAGAAAAAAUCGAAGAAGCAAGGAUUUCCGACCUUCAUAAAUAUAUAUUAGUUUCGGCCAUCAAUGUACAAAGUAUCAUUUAGUUUAGUGGUAUAAAUGAUAGUGUUUAUAUCUCAAUAAUCCGGGUUCGAACGAUGUGCUUGACAUUUUUUUUAUUUUUUUAAAAAGUGGAAUCCACAAAACGCUGACGUGGCGCGCCGAAGAGAGAGCAAAAACUGAAUUAUUAUAAUAUAGAUAACCAUGUGUCCGUGACUAAGGUUUUGAGUCCAAAUUAAAAGAAUCAAAUAUAUAAGAUUUUCCUUUUAUUCAUUUUUUUGCCCAAACUUUGCUUUUAUUCAUUCUUUAUCAUCCAAAAUAGAAAAAAUAAAAAAAAAUAGAAAGAAUAAAGAAAGAAAAAUCUCGGCCGACCAUAAAUCACCAGUAUUUAAUACUCUUUUAUUCACUUGUGCUAAUUUUUAGAAAACAACAAUGUUGGAAAGGAGACCGCAUCAUGAAGUCUUCAUCCAACACUUUAGAGAUAAGACUAAAGCGUGAUACAGAAGUGUGCUUCUUGUACGCCAGCGUGACAGAUCCGUGGACAUUAUAGGAUCAAACAUAGCUCCUCCAUUCCCAAUCACUCACAUCCUCCUAAAAGACAUCGUUAGCUUUGAUCCGCACAUCAAUCCCCUCGUCCAAUUAGACCAUGUUUUAUGCGAUCGUCUUUCUGUCCAAAUCACUCCCAAAGUAGCCGAGGAGUGAGUUCCAGGGAGUAACAUGAUCAUAGAUUCCACACUAGUAGUAUAAUUUGCAUUGAAGUUACAAAAGAUAUUUCUGUAAAAUAUUCAUUUUGUUCUUUAACUUUUUUUUAUUAAAUAGAUUUUUGAAAAUCUCAUAAAAGAAUAAAAAUCUACUCUCACAACACUCAACAUUGGAAUUACCUUUUUUUUUUUUUUUUUUUUUUUUUGUCACGGGCGGUCUCCGGAAUCCCAGAGGACUCGAACCCAGGUGCCUUGGGAUCCAGUUCACUCUAGUGUUACCACUAGGCUAUUCUGUCCCGACUUUUUUUUUUUUUUUUUUGUCACGGGCGGUCUCCGGAAUUCCAGAGGACUCGAACCCAGGUGCCUUGGGAUCCAGUUCACUCUAGUGUUACCACUAGGCUAUUCUGUCCCGGCCAACAUUGGAAUUACCUAUAAUUAAAGAAUCAGUAACAAAUACACUUUUUGAAUAAACUUUAUCAAUAUUUUAAGAAUUCAUAAAUCCAUAAACUAGAAUCUCAACUGAACUUUUUUUUUAGUUUGUUAACAUCCCCAAGUCUUGCAUAAAUAAGUAAAAAGGAAAGUAGAUUUACUUCAUACAGUACAUAAAGGUCACAAUACUUACCCUUACCUUAAGGAUUUGCGCGAUCGAGUUCUUCGUUUAGAUUCUCUCCCUUGCUUGAUAUUUUCCCUCUUGAUCGCCUCCUAUUUCUCGAUAACUUGAUCGUUGUAAUAGUUUUGAUCGAUGGACGACGAUUAUAUGAGCUACCAGGAGGAGGAGGACUAUGAUUGCUUCGAUCAUAAUCAGGAGGAUUAUUACGAGGAGCCAGAGUUGCAAGGCGUGUCCUCCAAAAACUCAACGUACCAAAUCAUCACGAUGGAAUCUCUUGUAGCGGCACAGAAGGAAGUUUUGGUUAGGGUUAUGGAGUCCUUAUCGGUCAAGGAGAGCCAAGCUAGGACACUUCUUAUUCAUCACCAGUGGAACGUUGAUAACUUGUUUGCUGUCUAUAUCGAGAGAGGCAGAGACAGUUUGUUCAAAAGUGCUGGUCUUAGCGUCUUUGAUCAUCCUUCUUUGAGUAAAUCGAGGAAGAAGAUGGCUUGUGACAUCUGCAUGGAAGAUGAUUUACCAAGUCAAGCGAUGACGGGAAUGGAGUGUGGUCAUUCCUUUUGCAAUGAUUGUUGGAAAGAGCAUUUUACUAUCAAGAUCAACGAAGGUCAGAGCAAAAGGAUCGCGUGCAUGGCUCAUAAGUGCAACGCGAUUUGCGAUGUAGAUGUUGUUAGGACACUAGUUUGUGCGGAACUAGCUGAGAAGUUUGAUCGUUUCCUCGUUGAGUCAUACGUGGAGGAUAACAAACUGGUCAAGUGGUGUCCAAGCACACCGCACUGCGGUAACGCGAUAAGAAAAGUUCUUGAUGAUGGCGGUGAGGUCGAAUGCUCGUGUGGUCAUCAGUUCUGUUUCAACUGUCUUGGUGAGUCUCACUCUCCUUGCUCUUGUUUGAUGUGGAAGCUAUGGACCAAGAAGUGUGAAGAUGAGUCUGAGUCAGUUACCUGGUUAACCAUUCACACGAGGAUGUGUCCCAAAUGCAGCAAACCUGUUCACAAGACUGUUGGAUGUAAUCUCGUGACUUGUAUUUGCGGGCAGUAUUUUUGUUGGCUGUGUGGUGGAGCUACUGGAAGUGCACAUACCUGGACGAGCAUCUCGGGUCAUGAUUGUGGUAGGUACAAAGAAGACAAAGUGAGGCAAACGGAGAGAGCCAAAAGGGAUUCAGAUAGGUACGCACAUUAUCUUCACCAAUUCAAAUCACACACCGAUUCAUCGAAGCAAGAGGACGAACUUAGAAAGAUUGUCCGUGAGAAGGCAGCCUUGGUGACAUUAAAGACUAAAGAUUCAGCGUUUAAAACCAUGGACUGGGCAAUAAACGGAGCCGACCUAUUAUUCAGAUCACGAAAAAUACUUUCAAAGUCGUAUCCUUUCGCCUUCUACAUGUUUGGAGAAGAGCUGUUUAAAGAUGAGAUGAGCGAUGAAGAUAGAGAGAUAAAGAAGAAUCUGUUUGAAAAUCAGCAGCAGCAACUCACAGGUAAUAUUGAGACACUAUCAGAGAUUCUAAACGUGUCUUUUGAUGAGUAUAGCUCUGAUGAGUUAAAGAAGAUGAGGGGUGAGACCAGAGAUAUUGGUCUUGUGGUUAAUAAAGUCUGCAAAUUAAUGUAUGAGUGCAUUGAGAAUGACUUAUUGGGCACAACUCAAGAUGGAAUCAACCAUAGCAUUUCACCUUACAGAUCAGAGGGGAUAGAGAAAGCAGUUGAGUUUUUGUGCUGACGUAUCAGAGAACUUAAAAGACACUAGGUGCUCUCUGUAGCAUUCAAAAGUUAUCAUUUAAUUUUAUUUCGUAAACAAUUGAUGCAGUGCACUAUAAAACUCUUUUUUAUCUUGGUUAUUCUUCAGUUUCUUUUUAAUGUAAUGCCGUUUUAUCA